GCGAGUCUCGGGGUCUCUGCGCGCGCGAUGGAGGGGACCCGGGAAGGCUCUGGAGGCGGCCAGGCCGAGGUCCGGACCCCGGAGGAGUCCUUGGAAAGGACGGAAGUGGAGCAGCCUCAGGUCCCCGCGAAGGCGCCACAACCCGGGCUUCCCAACGGCAGCCCGAGCCCGGAGAGGGCCGGGGGAGAGGCGUCGGACGCGGAGCUGCAGGAGCCCUCGGAGGAGAAGCCUCAGCCUCCCGCCCUGCCCGGUUCCCCGCGCGCGCCUCCGCUCAGCCUGGGCUACGGCGCCUUCCGCCGCCUGGGUUCCUGCAGCCGCGAGCUGCCGCCGCCGAGCCCCUCGUGGGCCGAGCAGCCCCGGGACGGCGAGGCCGAGCUGCAACCCUGGGCGGCGUCGGGGGAGCCGGGGCCCUGGACGCCCGUGGAGCUGCAGGUGGACGUGCGCGUGAAGCCCGUGGGCGCGCCUGGGGCUAGUCGCGCGCCCUCGCCGGCGCCGUCCACGCGCUUCCUCACCGUGCCCGUGCCGGAGUCGCCCGCCCUCGCCCGCCGCUCGGCCCCCGCGCCCCAGCGGCUGCCGCGCGCCCCGUCACCGGGCUCCACGUGGGGCCGAGGCUCGCCGCUUGCCGCGACCGAGCGGGUCGGGCCGGCUGAGGCUUGCACGGCCUCCCCGGGCUCGCCCGCCUGCCGCUGCCGCUGCCGCUGCCAGGAGCCGGGGCUGACCAAAGAAGACACCGCGCUGCUGCAGCGCGCAGGCGUGGACAGCAAGAAACUGCCGCGGGCCAUCAGGCUCCUCGGGCUGUCCCUGUACAUGAAGUCCCUGCGCUGGGCUCUGGUGGUCAUGGCUGUGUUGCUGGCAGUCUGCACUGUAGCCACUGUGGCACUGGCCUUUAGAGGUGGAGCCAGGUGCCAGCCAUGCCCUCAAGGCUGGAUGUGGUUUCAGGAACACUGUUACUAUCUCUCUGAGGAAGCUCAAGACUGGGAAGGAAGUCGGGCAUUCUGCUCAGCCCACCAUGCCACACUGCUCCUCCUGAGCCACACCCAGGACUUCCUAAGAAAAUACCAGGUCACCAAGGGCUUCUGGGUGGGGGCCCUACGAGGCCCCGAAGGCUGGCACUGGACCAAUGGGGUCCCCUUGCCAUCCCAAAUGUUCCCGGAGGACAGUGAAGACCACCCAGACUUCAGCUGUGGGGGUUUGGAAGAAGGCAGGCUCGUAGCUCUGAACUGCAGCUCUCCCAGACCCUGGGUCUGUGCCAGGGGAACCAAGUGA